AUGUGCCAAUGCGGGUGGGAUCCGAAGCACGCAACGUUCCAGGAGUACUUCUUGGCCCCUGGGGAUCUUGUCAUCAAGCUGUGUAGAUGCCCGACCUUCGACGAAGCAACAACCAUCCCCCUCGUCCUCGCGACCGCCGUCGUGCCCAUGUGGAGCAAGUCAGAGAUGGGUCACGCCGGCAUGCCCUCACCCUGGGAGGACGGCAGCGACAAGUUCAAAGGCCAGCCCGCGCUCAUCACCGGAGGCUCGACUUCCGUCGGGCCAAUGGGUAUGUUCCCGACAGCGUAG